GUCAUUAUAUCACAGCAAUAACAUCUCUUGCUUUCUUAGAAAUGUAGGUAGUGUCUUUUAUUGUGGGAAAACAGCCCCUAAGAGAGGAAGAGAGUAGUAACUGUACCUUUAUUUUCUACAUUGAUUUCAUUUCCUAAAUUUGGAUGUAAAUAUGCUGUAUAUCUCUCUCCAUUCCAUUGUCACUCUUCUCUCAAGCUUUCGAAAAUGUGGUCGAGAAAACAUCGAAGCAAGACUCAUGCUAUCGACUCCCCAACAGCUUGCGGUGCUGGCGAAACCAUCCAAUCUCCAACUUGUGAUGCUACCAAAGCCUGUCAAUCUCCUCCCCCAUUUGCUCUCAAAGUUCAGUCUGUUCCUUACUUGGAGCAAGCCAAAGCCAGGGCUGGUUCUUGCCGAGUUAUCACUCUCACCAUAAGACUCCCCUCCUUUCCUGCCUUCAAAAGAAACAAGAAAGAUGUAAAAUUCUCCUCCAAGAACAACUUGCCGCUUCUCUCUGACCUCUUAGCCAACAAAGAACCACCUACUACUAAUCCUUUAAAACUGCCUUUCAAGACCAACUCACCACUUCUCUCUGACCUUUUAGCCCAGGAAAAGAAGAGGAAGAGCAAGAAAAAACCGAGUACUCCGGUAUCAUUGGUCAAGAGUUUCAGCCACAAAGUCGCUAAAAUUAGCAACCGCAAGCCCAGAUUGACACCCCACUUUGAAGGUGAUGUCACUACCAGAGUUGCACACAAGUCAGUUGGUUUGCUCAAGAGUUUGGGCCAUAAUGUGGCCAAAAUUAGCAACCUUAAGACCACAUUGUAUCGUCAAGAAGAAGGUCAUGCCACCAUUAAGGUUGCAGUCAAGUCUGUAAGGUCUAGGGAGUGUAGUUUAGAGAAGAGAAGCAACAAUAUAUCAACUCUAAGCAAUGGCAAUGCUGGGAGUGGGUCUAAGGCAACAUCCCUUUCAUGGCAUUUUUGUGUGAGUGGAAGUAAGAUUCGUACCAUGAUCAGUGAGGUCAUGCAAAGGCCUAAAUCAGCUCUUAAUACAGUGAAAGAGCUGGGGGGUCAGAAAGUAGUGGAAUGGACCAAGAGGAGAUGGGAGGGGGGUCGCCGAGGGAUCUGGGAGAAAAGGAUUUUGAUGGGAAAGAGGUGUCGGCCCCUUGAUUUUCCAGGCGUACUGCACUACGAUCAUAAGGGGAACCGUCUCCAACAACUUCCUCCUAGCCUUGAGGGGCAUCAAACUCAAGCACAAUAUUUCGGUUUUGCACAUCGACGGCUUCUCGAAUCCAGUGCUAGAAUGAUUGUUAACUUCUAAGGUUAUGGUGUCUUACUGGAAAUCCUACACUUAGUUCAUCAAAGAUGAUUAACAUGGUAGUUAGGUCUAUUGAUUAGGAAUGCAAAUGCAUAUGGAAUAGCGGCAAGUCUCACUAAGAUCUCACUUGUUUAAUAUGCAAUCCAUUGCUUCUACUCGCAUUUGCACUUAAAUAGGAUGGUAGAGAUCCUCGGUAACAUGCUUGAUGCAUUUGCUUUGUAACAAGGACACACCCUCAUUGACAAUCACUAGGUGUCUUGUGUUUGUUAAUAUGUUUCAGGUCUUUCUUUGGUAUGAAGGGGUUUCAU